AUGGCGAUCGAGACCGAUCUGGACACCGCCGCUUGCGAGGCAUCCUGGCCUUCCAGACGCCUGAAUCCCAAGUCUCUUACCUGGUGGUCAUUCCUCUGGAUCUUGUACAUACCCUUCGGAGUACUGCUGGCUAUCUGUCAGCUGGUAUACCUAUUCUUCCGUUUCUCGAUCGUCCUCUACGUGGUCGGUCCCAAAGGCUUCCAUCCCAACGCCAUCUUCCCUCUCGUCAAGUUUGAAGUGGUAGACCAUCAAGGCAAGCCCAUUCCAGCCGAGACGUUCACAGCUGCGAACUUCAGCGAGACCGACAGGACAUCCAGGCGCAAAAUCUACUGUGCAGAGCAUCCUUACAUCUUCCUCGAUGGCUGCUUGGCCCCUCUGACCAACUCUGCCAUCGUCGUCGCCGAAGUCGCCGCCAAGGGCAUCACUGGAUACCUCACCGGGCCAAUUGCUUACGUCAAGAAGCGCGGCAUCCGCCUCGUCCAGAUGCUGGAAGAGUGGUCUGAGAACCCAAAGUUCGCCAAGAACCUCGUCAUCUUCCCCCAAGCCGUGACGGUCGCCCGCAACAACUUCGUCAAGUUCGGCACGCCGACCUUCGAGUUCGCUGCCGCCCAUCCCGAUGCGAUCGAACUUGUGCCCGUAGUGAUCAGCUACGACAUGCCCUACCCGAUCCAUCUCCGCAAGGCCGACUCGAGCUUCCUUUUCGACUUCCUCCUGCUCAUGAUGAUGCCGUACGCAAAGGUCACCUAUGCUCUGCUCGAGCCCGUGCAGCUUCACAACCGAUCGGCAGAAGAGAUCAAACAGACAUGCGAAGACGCCAUCGUGGAAUGCUCCCUCAGGCAAUGCCAGCGACACAAUAUCGACUAUCGCGACAAGGUUUCUUGGAGGCAUCUCCUCUCUGCAAGGCUUCACCCCACCUACCGCUCAUUCGAGGUCAAGGUCAUCAACCUGAUCCAGAGCAUUCCAGGAAUCUUGGUGCCCUCUCUCGUUCUACAUUACUCUUUCCAAGAGUCCAUCAUCAUCCUUUUGGGUGCUUGCGUCUACUGGUCGCGUUGGAAUCAGCUGACGCUGACGAUCAUCAUGCGCGCGUGUGUCGUUGUCUUCGGCAUCGUCAACUUCAUCAAGGUUCUUCGGCCUGUGCCUCGUCCGGCUUGGGUCGCAGCCGAUCGCCUGAAGCUCAAUCCUUACAAGCUCAAGAAGCCGCUCCGACAGUACGACUACUCGUUCCCCUCCGGCCACUCGGCCUUCAUGGCUUGCGUGUACUCGUCCUACUACUUCAGUCGCAACCAUCCGGACGUGCAGUUCGACUUCCCAACCGUGGCGCACGUCGUCCUUACCUUCCUCACGCUGGCCAGUGGUAUGUCGCGUCUCUACCUGGCGCUUCACUGGCCCCUCGACGUCCUCUGUGGCUGGGUGAUCGGCGGGCUGUGGGGCUGGGCAUGGGGUACCUUCCUGGACGCGCGCUUCGACAAGCUUCCGAUCGGCGUACAGAUCGCCAUCUCGUUGGGGGUCGGCCUGUUCUUCCUGGUCGUCACGAUGCUGCGCAUGUUCGUUCUCCCUGCCAAGAUCCCCGCUCAGGUGUGGUCGGAUCACGUCGGACAUCUGCUGAAGCUGCGUGACCCGCACCAGCUUUUGCUCAACGCCUCGAUGCUCUGGGUCAUCCUUGCAUCCAAGGCCUUCAUCAUCGCAUUCUACAAUGCCGGUGCCGCUAUCGUCAUUUGCCCGCUCGGCAGGUCCUCCUGGCUCAUCUUCAUGCAGAUGCUCGUCGGGCUCGUUUCGACCGCUCUCAUCUAUGUGCUGAUCGUCCAUCUUCCGGGCCAGCUCUUCCCUCCGCCCAAGCCGAAGAAGCAGGAUCCCGAAAAGCAGCAGCUGCUGUCCGAGAAGAAAGGGCCCCUUCCCAGAUGGACCAAGCAGUACAGCCGCGCCGAGAUCACCGGUGCGGUGGCGAGGGCAGCCUGGUGGCUGUUUGCGUCCUCGUUUGUCCUCUUCUACAUUGCCAUCUUCAGCCAACUCGUCGCGAGCAAGAUUGAAGAAUCUUAUUGCUCCGUGCUGGUCUACAAGAAGAUCGCAACAUACGGAGAUGACUAG